CAGGCUGCAGGGUCUGCUGGGAGGUGUAGUUUUCCCAGCCUGGGAUUCUCGGACCACAGAAGACUUCUAUGCAGCGGCCGCAAGCGCCAUGUCCCGGGUGCAGGUGCCCUGUCACAUCAAGGGGGCUGUGGCGCUGCAGGUGGGCGAUGUGCGGACGGUUCAGGGCCGGCCCGGCGUCCUGGUCAUCGACGUCACCUUCCCCACUGCCGGGCCCUUUGAGUUACAGGAGAUCACCUUUAAGAAUUAUUACACAGCCUUCUUGAGUAUUCGAGUGCGCCAGGUUGGUUCCCCAAACCAGUCAUCCAACAAAUGGAUUACCUGUUUACGAGACUACUGUUUAAUGCCCAAUCCACACAAUGAGGAAGGGGCCCAGGAUUAUGUGUCCCUAUACAAGCAUCAGAUGCUGUGUGACAUGGACAAGGUGUUGGAGCUGCGUCUAAUUCUGCGGCAGCCAUCCCCACUAUGGCUCAACUUCACAUUGGAAGAAUUGCAGUUUUUUCAGCAUGGACCACAGAGUCCUUCAUCAGCCUUUACCAAGUGGCUCUCGCACCCAGCACCCUAUGAGCAGCCAGCGCUCCUCCUUCAGCAAGCCCUCCCUGACCCAGAUAAGGUCUCUUCAGAGGUACAGCAGAUGUGGAUGCUGACCGAGAUGAUCCGAGCCAACCGCACCACAGCCCGUAUCGGCCGCUUUGAUGUGGAUGGCUGUUAUGACUUGAACCUGCUCUCCUACACGUGAACCUUCGAGGUUGUUUGGCUUCCAGACUUUGUUCAUGACUGAGAUGAUUACUUUUUAUUCGUGCUGAGGAGCAAGGCCAUCCUGCAACAAAAGAGGCCAAGUGUCCCUUGUCUGCUCCCAAAGUAUCAUUCUCCUCUUUGCUUCUAGUUGAAGCUGCCAAGGCUUCUUGGUAUUGAUAAACAGCUUGAGUGUAAGCUCUGGGUAGAAACUCUCCCAUCUGCUGGCUUCAGCCUGAACUCUGAGAUGCCAACUUUCCCUCCUUCCCUGCCUCAGCUUCAUCAUAAAAACUCACCAAUGUUACUUCUUUAGAACCAAUGUGUGCGUAGUAUUGACAUGGUGUAUUUCUUCUAGCUCCUUUCACACUCCUGCAUAGUUACAGUCUUGCCUGUGUAUUGCCUUAAUGGUAACUUGUGGCUUCCUGUUGUUUCUGAUCCUGAGCUCAUUUGGCCUUGGGAAACUCCAUUCUUUGGUAUAUCUGUUGUCCAUAUACCUAUCGGCAGUACGAGGUCUUUCAACCAAGCAAGUCUUUUAAGAGCCCAUGUACUGCACACUGUUCAAGGUGCAGAGGGACACAAAGACAAAAGACAAAGACCCUGCCCUUGAAGAGCUUACAUUCUAACAGAGAAGACGAUAAUGUACGUAUGUAGGUACAUAAAAAAAAAAGACAUAAUUUAAGCUGGUUCUCUACCUCUUACCUGGCUCUGGCCUAAGUCUAAACCUGAAUUAAAUGUCUUGGUCUUUGGAA